GCGGAUGAAGAGAGGUGCGAUAUGGCGGAGAAGCGUCUCGAUACGAAGACGCUACAAGUAGCAGCCUGAAAGAUCAGCAUUAAUUUGGCUAUAAAACUACAUACUACAUUGGACUUAAAAGCCGGAAACUGUUGUAAUAAGUUAACAGCUAAACGAUAACUGUAGGCACGUUGCGUUUGAAUGUCCGCCAGACAUAACAGCGUUUCUACAAGUUAGAAAUACUUCGGAGACACACACCGUCAGCCAUGUUGAAGCUGAACCCCUGGAGGGAGAAAAACAAACAAUUCAAACACAUAGCCCAUGGUUUGGUCCCUGCCGCCUCGAUCGCCCCCAAGGCUGCUGUGCCUCGUACCCCACCCCCGCGCAGUCCCGCCCCCUCACCCGAGAGACCCAGAUCGGCCUUAGCGGCUGCCAUUUUAUCUUCUUCGCUGACCGGACAGACAUGGGUUCUCCCACCGGCCCGUCCCCGGUCUUUCUCUGAGAGCGACCAAUCAGAGUGCUUGCUUUCUGAGCGCAACAUCUAUACACGUGAUCGAUGGUCAGAAGGCUUUCUGGCUCGUCCACCUCUGUCUUCCCCUGAUCACUCCGAAGAGGAGCUGCAGCACCAGGCUGGUGAAGAGGAAGAGGAGGAGGAAGUGGAAGAUGGAGGAGGAGGUGUGGAGGAGGAGGAAUAUGUCUCCCGUACUCUGGACAGUCGGAAGAAGUCUUCAGACAUGGAAGCAGCAGUCUGCGCUUUGCCGUUAAAGCACUCAACAAGUUUGCCCCAGUCAAGUCCGAUGUUGACCAGCAGGGAAUCUUCUCCAGAAUUCCAGAGGGAAAACAUCAAUGUGCUUCCUCAAGCCAGUGGCAGCAAGAAACUGAAGAAGAAAAAAGACUCCACAAACAAGAAUGAAGACAUGCCAUCCACUAGCCACCCCAAACAGCCAAAAGCACAGAGUAAGCCAUCUCGUCAGUCCAAAGUCCUGACUGAGGACGGGGAAGCAGUGAAAGCCCUGACGGAGAAGAAUGCCUUGCUGGAGGAGAAGCUGCGACACCUGGAACAGGAAGUGAGUCGCAGGCGAGCCCAGCCAAUCAGGACCUCGCCUAUAGGCAUGCGAGCAGAGCUGCACGACGCAAGGCAGCAGGCUCAGGAGCUAGUAGACGAAAACGACGCUCUCAAGCGCAGCGUCCAUCGUCUCAGUGUGGAGCUGAGCGCCUACCAGACCAAAUACAGGCCACUCAACAAGCAGGAGAGCUCCAGCUUAAGCAGCCUACCAAAGACGGGCUCUCCUCCUCCAUGGCUGGUGGACAUGAAGUAUUUGUCUCCUCUGAUGUUGGCCUACGAAGAUAUGUUGAAUGAGAAAGACGCUCUCCUGCGCACUGCUGAGGAGGAGGUGAAGAAGCUUCGGGUACAUGUCGAGGAGGUGGUGAAAGAAAAUGAGAAGUUUCACCAUGAAAUGGCCAAGAAGACUAGAGGCCUCCGCCAGGAGGAAUGCCACCAAGUGCAGCAGCAGGCCAUGCUGGUGCUGCAGGAGAAUCAGCUGCUGAUUGAGCAGCUGGAGGCUCUGAAUGCCAAGACUGAGGCCGAGCACAGCAAACACCUGUCUGAAGUGUCCAGAGUGUCCAAGCAGCUGAUGCUGCUCGAGGCAGACAACCAGCGUUUGCAGGAGGAAGUGGACGAGAGUAGGAGGGAAGCACGGCAAAGCGAAAGGGAGGUGCUCACUCUGAGGAACCGCCUCCAGGACGCCGUUACCUGGGACGAGCACUGCAGCAUCAGCGGGAAGCUCAGGCGGCAGCUAGAACAGGAGCAGAGCAAAAACAGAAGUGAGGUGGAUGAGGCGCAAGUCCUCCGCCAUCAAAAUCAAAGCCUGCGAGCGGACAAUGCUAAACUGAUGGCGGCUGUGGAGAGGGCGCAGGAGGAGCUGGAGAACAGCAGACAAGCCAACAGAAGGACAAAGAGGCAUCUCAACGCACUGAAGCAGCAGAAGGAUGAGUGCGUGCUGAAGGAGGGCAAGACGCGCACUUACCUGGAAGCCGUUGUUUCUGUGGCGGAUCGCAUCUCUCUGGAGCGUGACCAACUUGUACACAUGGCGUCCAUACUGCAACAGGAAAAACAGGGAUUCAUCGGCAGCAUCCUGAGCGGGACCGUCCGAUUCGGCAAACUGCAGGAGCGCGUCAAGGUGUACCGCAGGCUGGCGUCCAGCCGACUGGCGGCGCUGGAGGAGGCUGCGGCGGACAAGGCGGCUUCUCACCGCUGGGAGAUGCUCCACCUGCAGAGGCUGCUGGGAGAGAGGCAGCAGGCAGAGGAGAGGCUGCUGCAGUCCAAACGCGAUGUGGAGGAGGAGCUGGAGGUGGUGUGGCAGGCGGCCACCAGGGAGAACCAGCAAAUCAAGGAGAGUCUCUGGCACUCCGGGCCCACCGGUGACAUCCUCCGGCGGGCCUUUGCCGACCCCGUCUCCCCUGAGCGUCCACUGAGCUUCCUCAAAGAACAGGAUUGUGAUGAUAAAACCAGACAAGGUCUGGAUUUCUACAGCUAGAAGAGGGGCAUCGUGCAGGCAUCAUUUCUAUUUAUUUAGACAUUAUUUUGAAAACUUCUGGGGCAACCCUACCCCCGGUCUUUUUUUCUUUAAUGCUCGCAAUAGUACACUCACAGUAACUACCAGGACACUGCAUAUUCUCAGUUGAUCUAUCGAAUGGAUGCCAGGAAAUCAUUUUGAUGACUGAGGGGGAAAAAAUGAUCUUGAAAAAAAAAAAAGAUGUUGACA